UUCUCAAAUACGUCUCGAUAUCCCUUUGCGUCCUGUUGUCGAUUAUCCCACAUUUUCCCCAUGUCGCCGCCUCCGCUGAAAUAAAACUCAACCCAUCAUUGAAUGACCCGCGAUGGCGUUCAACUUCAACUGGUCGCCGUUAAUGGCGGACGCGAGCUUCUACACUCGCGCUCAGGAGCUACUCACUGCCGCCUUGAAUAAAUCGCCAAAACCGCCGAUUAUCGUGGACGAUAUCCAUGUCACCGAACUCAAUCUCGGUUCUAUCCCGCCCGAGCUGGAGAUUUUGGAAAUCGGAGACCUGGCCGAGGAUCGCUUUAGAGGCAUCUUUAAGAUGUCCUAUACGGGCGACGCCUUUCUGACCCUGAAAACCCGCGUCCAAGCAAAUCCGCUCAAUACCUAUCUUCUCACCCGACCGUCCUUUGCGACUCCCUUGCCGGUCGCUGCAGCAACUCCCUUGACUAUUCCCCUUCAAAUCACCCUUUCCGAUUUCAAACUUUCCGGCUUCGUUAUAUUAGUCUUCUCGAAGCAAAAAGGCAUCACAGUUGUCUUCCGAAAUGACCCCCUUGAGUCACUCAAGGUGUCGUCGACAUUCGACUCGAUCCCCUUUGUGCGUGACUUUCUACAGCGAGAAAUAGAAGGCCAGCUUCGCGUUUUGUUUAUGGAUGAGUUGCCCGCCAUCAUUCAUCGCCUGUCUCUCCGAUUAUGGGUUCCAGAAUACCGGGCUGGAGAGGAAAUGGCUAAUCGCACUACCAACACCGCGGGUGAAGGACCUGGCCAGGAUCCUCUGGCGAGUCCUCCGCAGGAUCCCGUGGAUGCUCAGGGCAACGCUUUGGAUGAAUCAGAGAUCGCUUCGCUUUCGUUGGAUUCCUCGGUCGAGACGCACUCCCUGUUUUCACAGAAGAACUUGCUCCGUUUGGCCGCACUUACGGACUCCCAGCGAACGCUAUCACUGUUCACUCCGUCUAUUCAAGAAGUGGUUUACCGCGCAUGGACGUCGCCUUCUGACGCGGGCGAAGUUUCGGGUGGCGUAAUGUCUCCCUUGAGCCCUGCACUUUCCCGGACACAUUCUCAGGUUGGCGGGAUGUCCUCCUUCCAGGAUACAGCCAGCAUGGUAUCCUCACAGACUCGGUCUUCGACGAAUACCCACACUUUCAGCAGCUACGGUCUGAGCUUGGGAGCCGGCCGCCAUUCGAAAUCCAAUGCUCGCAGGCGGAAGAAGCGUGUGGUGGAUCUGCGUCGUCCCAAGGCUCCAGAGGAUGCCGCAAGUGUGAGCGGCGAUAGCACCUACACCGAGACCACCAGUGCACCGUCUGUCUGCUCGGCACCUUUGCCGGUGGUCAGCGAACAGACCGAUGACCCAGUGACUCCCCCGCUGUCUCCGAACAGUGAACUACACCUUCCCACGGUUCCCGAACGACAUCGCUUGAGUAUUUCCAGGCAGAUGCCUCGCCGCGAUAUCGCGACUGAAAUGUUGCGUGAGACCGGAGAGUCGUCGGCUCAGCCGGUCAAUCACUCGGCGGUUGAUGUUGACGCUACUCCGCGGGUGGCUGUACACCCCUAUAUUCCUGCUCAACAUGACAACGAGAAGGGAGAAGCAAGCGCCUCGCGCCAGCUCCCUUCCAAGGCACUCCCAUUCUCCGAUACCAAGCCGACAUCCAGCAUCGUUGACCAAGCGCUGGUGGAACGACUGGCCGGAGAAAUUGCUCGUCGCAUGCGGGAGGAGAAAUUGACCCCCGGCAAUUCUUGCAGUUCGUUCUGGGAUCGUCUCAGCCAUGAUGAUGCCCCUCCGGCGUACGGUCAGUGACUAGUACAGCCUUGUGGGCGUCUUUGUACUCUUUUAUCUUCACCUAUUCUUUUCUCCACGGCUAGGAUGCUCAUACCCGUGCAAUCCUCCCAGCUUCAGCGAGUCUGGAGCAUUUCAUGACCGAUACGACACUGCAUUUAAUCUUGACUGUGCUUUACUGUGUUUUAAUUGUUUCCAAGCGGGCUUUAGAACUCU